AUGGAUGGCCCCGGGGCCCGCCAGCGGCCCCCGAGGGCCGCGCUCGAGGGGAGGAGGCUCCGGGAAGCCACGUCGUCGGCGCUCUCGGGCCCGCGCGAUCGGGGCCUCGCAGAAGGCGGCGCCCCGGCGGCGCCCUGGCCAGGCUGGAGCAGCGGGGUUUGCUGGGACGAGGCUCGGCCUGUGGCGGGCCCCGAGGCGGAUGCGCGGCCGAGCUCUCGGGCCACGGAGCCGGGCCAGCCAGCGGGGCCGCUUGCCAGGAGGGAGGUGCUGUCGCCAGCGCGGCGCCCGUCGGACCAAGCGAAGAGGCGCCGCCUGCUACAGGCACAGCUCCACGCGGCGGCGUCGGAUGCUCAGGGGCCGGGCUGGAAUGCGGAUUCCGAGCGGGUGGCCGGUCCAAGCUCGCCGUAUUGUCCGUCGACGCUCUCGCUCUUCUUGUGCAGCGUCGUAGUCGCCAGGAACGCUGACCCGGGCGUCGUCGCGGAGGCGCUGCAGGUCCAAACUGCCAUGGUGGUUUUCGUGCAGUACGACGGAGGGAUGGAUUCGGGGUUGUGUCGAGAGAUGGAUCAGCGUAUCGAGGCAAUCAGCCACAGUAGCGGAAAAGAUUUUGCCAUGCAGAGCUUGGGUCGGGGUGUUGUCCUGUGGCGCGCUUCGUUCAUCGAGACCGUCGCGCCGGUGGUAGAUGUGGUGUACAGCCAGGACGUGCGCAUCAUGUGUGGUGUCAUGGACUGCGGAGGUCAGCAGCUCGCGGAGCUGUGCCGCAGUUGCGGGGCAGCCGGCUCAGAAGCGUUCGGAGUGCCGUUUUCCGAUCCUGGCAACGACCCUCCGACCUUCGUCGUGCACCCAAACUACAUCAUCUUCAUGGGCCCCGCGGGCAACUUCUUGCCCCAGCAGAAAGGGGGUAUGGAUUUGCCCGACUGGCUCCGCAGUUCGGAGCACUGUCUGGGCGCUUCGGUGCGUCCUGCGGACUGCGCGCCUCAGUGGCGGGACGAGGAGAACAUCCAGCACUAUAAACGCGAGCGCGAAAUCAGGGGGCUCGCCCCGGUGCCCUCGCUGGGCCGACUAAACACCAAACCGACUACGGGUGCUUCCUACAAGAAGUUCUGGCGCGAGGGCAUGCACCUG